AUGGGAGACGAUAUCGAACUUUCCUUCGAUGAUACUUUUGAGGAUCACUCCGUCGAUUCCGAUACUGCAAUUUCUAGGUCAAACUCUUUUAAACUUAAAAAGGGAACCGAUAGUCAAAGGAGAAAAGAGAAACGACGGUCAAAGCUUUGGUAUGAGAAAACCACCAAUUCUGCUGCUCAAAGCGAUAGUGAAGCCAGCGUUGGCGCCCAGGAAACGAUUCCAACUGCCAUUGUUAUAAAAAAUAUUCCAUUCUCCAUAAAACGUGAUGCGCUACUAGCUACUCUUAAUAACCUCGAUAUACCAAGACCGUAUGCGUUCAAUUACCAUUUCGAUAAUGGUGUUUUUAGAGGGUUGGCUUUUGCUAAUUACCGAACUCCAGAAGAAACAGAUCUUGUUGUGUCCGCAUUAAAUGGGUAUGAGGUUUCUGGUAGAAAACUUAGAGUUGAAUAUAAGCGUGUUUUGCCAGCUGCAGAAAGGGAGGCCAAAGAAAGAGAAAAGUUGGAAAAACAAAAGGCUGAUAAGGAAAAGUUUGAUCAAGAACCGUUGUUAAUUAAACCUGAAAAUGAUUUGCUCGAUAAGCCAAAGACAGACAGAAGCGAAAAUGGAAAGGACAAGAGAGAUUCCAUGGUGAAAAGUCCUGUACCGGAACAACUCGAUCUUAAUGAUCCAGAAACGUUAAAAUUCUAUGAUCAAGUGAUUAUCUUCCGUGACGAUAAAACGCGCGAGGAAUUGGUAUUUCCGAAAACACUUAGUAUUCCCCAUCGUCGUACUCUACAUUUAAUUGCUCAAAAGCUUCAAUUGUACCACUACAGCGAGGGUGAAGGCGAAGAUAGAGUACUAAAAAUUGUGCGAAAACCAGCAUCGGCCGCUAUCAACAUUAAGCAAACACCUUCUAGAAAUGGUUCGUUGGGUAGACGUUCGGCCGCGCAGUUGUUGGCAAGUACAGGUUUAUCGGAGAGUCCCUCAAAUAGAUCCACAAGAGGUGAUCAUUCUCCACUGUCGCGUUCACCAUUCAGAAAAUCUUGGCUUUUAAACCUUAGCAAUGACGGAACUCCAAUCGUGUUUCCGAUUAGACAACCGAGGGGACCAGAUCCAUCUCAGAACUUUGCUUAUCGUCCUUCUCGACUACAUGCAUCUGCUAUUCCAUACGGAGUACCAGAUGAUGAUGUGACGAACAAUUAUGAGCAUAGAAAAUCCGGGCUAUUCGACGUGCAUGCACCUACUUUCCAAUCGAUCGCAUCGUAG